CGUCAGGCAGGGGGACGCGUCGGGCAAAGCAGCGGCCGCGGCCAGGAGGAGCCGCCAACGCCGGAGCCGUUGUGGGCAGCGGGUUCUGAAGGAUGACUGACGUUGGUUUGUGUGAUGCCACUUGGAGCCUUUGUCACUGUGGACUGAUAAGUAACCUGCAGGUUUAACAGUACAGCAGGGGGAAAAGCAUCAGGAAUGCCACUUGCUUCAGCUCCUUAACUGGACAAAAGUACAGUGUAGCCUAUCUGCAAAGGGAGAGUCUUCAACUGAUUUAUUUUUUGCAGCUAAUAAUAAAGACAGCCUAACAGCAUCCACCUUCCUGGUUUACAGUGCUUCACCUUCCAAGACAGAUGGUGUGUCAAAAGCUGUAAGAUGCCUGCCGAACACACAAUAAUGAAGUAGUGAGCUGCUGCUGCCUAAUUGUCAGGAACACAGCUGACAGAGCUGCACUACCCUUUUUCUGCUCCCUUAAUCGGUCCAGGAACAGCAGGGUGGACAUGGCUGGCCUCAUUAACAACCUGCUGAUACUGUUGCUUGUUUUUCAGAAUACCUGUUUGGGUUUCAAAAACCCACUUUCUGUCUUUAAGAGGUAUAAAGAUACUACUAGAUCUCUUUCAAGUGAAUGCCUUGGAAACAACAGGCCAGUGAUUUCUCUUGGUCUAACUGAUUUUGCAUUGGAUAUUCGCAUGCCUGGGGUGACUCCUAAGCAGUCUGAUACCUACCUCUGCAUGUCAUUACGUCUGCCAGUGGAUGAGGAAGCCUAUGUAGUUGACUUCAGGCCUCAAGCCAGCAUGGACACUGUCCAUCACAUGUUACUCUUUGGAUGUAACGUACCUUCUUCUACUGAGAAUUACUGGGACUGUGAUGAAGGAAUAUGCACAGACAAGUCCAACAUUUUAUAUGCUUGGGCAAGAAAUGCUCCUCCCACCAGACUACCCAAAGGUGUUGGAUUCAAAGUUGGAGGAGAAACAGGUAGCAAAUAUUUUGUGCUCCAAGUACAUUAUGGGGAUGUCAGUGCAUUCAGAGGAGUUUUGUUCUCUAGUCACCAAUCAAAAAUCCAGAUGGUGGCUUACCUGUUUACCGCCUUCUAUCCUGUGGAACACCCUGUAGACAUUAGUUUUGGUGAUACUUUAGCAGCUAGGUGUGUUUUCACUGGUGAAGGUAGAACGACGGAGACACACAUAGGGGGCACAGCCAGCGACGAAAUGUGCAAUUUCUACAUUAUGUAUUACAUGGAGGCCAAACAUGCUGUUUCAUACAUGACCUGUACACAGAAUAUAAACCCAGAUAUGUUCAGAAACAUUCCACAGGAGGCCAAUAUUCCUAUUCCAGUGAAGUCUGAUAUGAUUAUGAUGACACAUGGACAUCAUCAUGAAGAAACCAAGAAAACAGAUGAUAGUUCUUCACUGAAGCAGCCAAAAAGAGAAGAGGAAGAGGUUUUGGAUCAGGGUGAUUUCUAUUCACUCAUUUCCAAGCUGCUAGGAGAAAGGGAAGAUGUUGUUCAUGUGCAUAAGUAUAAUCCUACCGAAAAGGCAGAAUCAGAUCUUGUAGCUGAGAUUGCUAAUGUAGUCCAAAAGAAGGAUCUUGGCUGGUUUGAUGCCAGAGAGGUUACAAAUCACGAUGAAAGGGCCAAUACUAGUCUCGCCAGAAACAGAAUUCACAAAUUUCACAGACUAGAAUCCACCUUGAGGCCACCAGAGAACAGGCAUUUCUCUUUACAACGUGAUGAGGGAAGCUGGGAAAAAGAACAUACUGGAGUCGUAAAAGUCUCUCACCCCAUCUACUCAGACCUUUCAACAGUGGCUUAUCACUUGUGCUUAUGCAGAGAGAGACCUAGAGAUUUCCACAUAGAAGAGGCUGUGGACUGGCCUGGAGUAAACCUCAAACUAGGCCAGGUUUCUGGGUUGGCCCUGGACCCUAAAAAUAACCUGGUUAUUUUCCACAGGGGUGAUCAUGUGUGGGAUAGAAACUCAUUUGACAGUAGCUUUGUUUAUCAACAAAGAGGACUUGGACCAAUUGAACAGAACACAAUUCUUGUAAUAGACCCAAGUAAUGCAGAAGUUCUUGAUUCCACAGGCAAAAAUCUAUUUUAUUUACCACAUGGACUGAGUAUAGAUAAAGAUGGUAACUACUGGGUCACUGAUGUAGCUCUCCAUCAGGUGUUCAAAUUGGGAGUACAUGAUAAAGAACCUUUAUUGAUCCUGGGAAGGUCUUUGCAACCAGGCAGUGACAAAAAUCACUUCUGUCAACCAACCGAUGUGGCCGUGGAUCCAGUCACAGGCAACAUUUAUGUGUCUGAUGGCUACUGUAACAGCCGAAUUGUUGUGUUCUCUCCAAACGGAAUGUUCAUCAUGCAGUGGGGGGAAGAGACUUCAGUAGGCAAAGCCAAACCUGGCCAGUUCCGAAUCCCUCACAGCUUAACACUGGUACCUGAGUUUGGUCAGCUGUGUGUAGCAGACAGGGGAAAUGGACGAAUUCAGUGUUUUAGGUCAGAAACAGGAGAAUUCACAAGAGAAAUCAAACACAAAUUGUUUGGAAGAGAAUUAUUUGCAGUUUCAUAUAUUCCAGGUGGUCUGCUCUUUGCAGUUAAUGGAGUGCCGUAUCCUGGAGACAUAGAACCAGUGCAAGGAUUUAUGAUGAAUUUUUCCACUGGAGAAAUAAUGGACACUUUCAUUCCCGUUAGAAAGAGCUUUGAGAUGCCACAUGACGUUGUUGCUUCAGAAGACAAAACGGUGUAUGUUGGAGAUGUUCAUGCCAAAACAGUAUGGAAGUUCACUUCCACAGAAAAAAUGGAGCAUCGAUCAGUUAAAAAGGCUGGUAUCGAGGUGCAGGAAAUAAAAGAAGCAGAGACAGUUAUAGAAGCCAAACUGAAAAACAAACCUGUUUCAACGGAGUCUCCAAAGAAGUGGGAAAAACAUCAUAUGGUCGAACAGGCCAGUCCUGGAAUUUCCUUUGUUCUUAUUACAACUCUUCUAAUUAUUCCUAUUGUUGUCCUGUUGGCAAUUGCUGUAUUUAUUCGAUGGAGGAAGACAAGGGUCUAUGGAGCUGAUGCUGACCACAAACUUGAAUCAAGUUCAGGAAGAAUCUUGGGCAGACUUCAAGGAAAAGGUAGUGGAGGCCUUAACCUUGGGAACUUCUUUGCAAGCCACAAAAGCUACAGUCGGAAAGGGUUCGACCGACUUAGUACUGAAGGGAGCGAUCAAGAAAAAGAUGAAGACGAUGGUACAGACUCAGAAGAAGAGUAUUCAGCUCCCCCACCCCCACCAGUAUCUUCCUCAUCCUGAAACCAGCCUUUGAUUUCUUCUACAUUGAACGAUUCUACCAAGAACAUCAGAUUCCUUUUCCCUUUAGCACGUUUAAGAUUUUGUGUAUUUAAUUGUAAACUGUACUAGUCUGUGUGGGGCUGUACACUGGGAUUUUUUGGUUUUAGUUUGGUUUUAGUUUGGUUUGGGGGUUUUUUUAAGUGGAGGAGUGUGUGGAAGUUUCAUAUCAGUGCCGUUGUCUUUAUGUAAACAUCUUAAUAAAGAAAACAAUCCUCUUUUAAUGGCAGUACUGAUUUAAAGUAGUAGUAUUUUCUCAUUUCUGUUUUGGGACCUUUUCUGUAUUUGUAAAUAAGUCCCAUUAUCUGGUUUAGCACAAUAUUUUCCUCAUAAUAUUUCAGUUGUCAGUUUCUUUCUUUUGUGCCUUUCCUGUUCAAUGUCCUUAAACUAUUGCAGUACAGAGGAAAUACAGUGCCACAAGAAAACAAAGCUGCUAAAUCUUCUUCUAUUUUUUUAAAAUCACUAACAUAAUAUUGCAUUGAGAGAGAGAAAAAAAGUCUCUAUUUAAUUCUUUUUUCUUCCUCCUUAGUUGGUGUGUUUCUGAGAUGUCUUAUUUUUAGAUAGUAUUACUGUUAAAAUACUAUUUUCAGAGGCUGAAUGUAAUUUGUGUAAUAAAGUGUUCGCAGAGCA